UCGGUCGGGUCCGCCAUGGCCGCGAACUGCGCGGGGGCCGCGGGGACGGCGGGGGGCGGCGGGGCCGCGCUGGGCUCGGCCCUCAGCGCCAGCAAGACCAAGACCAAGAAGAAGCACUUCGUGUGCCAGAAGGUGAAGCUGUUCCGGGCCUCGGAGCCGCUGCUCAGCGUCCUCAUGUGGGGGGCGAACCACACGAUCAACGAGCUCAGCAAUGUCCCCGUCCCUGUCAUGUUAAUGCCCGAUGACUUCAAAGCCUACAGUAAGAUUAAGGUGGACAAUCAUCUAUUCAACAAGGAGAACUUGCCAAGUCGCUUUAAAUUCAAGGAGUAUUGUCCACUGGUGUUCCGGAACCUCCGGGAGAGAUUUGGGAUCGAUGAUCAGGACUACCAGAACUCGGUGACCCGCAGUGCCCCCGUGAACAGCGACAGCCAGGGCCGCUGCGGCGCCCGCUUCCUCACCACCUACGACAGGAGGUUUGUCAUCAAGGCUGUGUCCAGCGAGGACGUGGCAGAGAUGCACAACAUCCUCAAGAAGUACCACCAGUUCAUCGUGGAGUGCCACGGGAACACCCUCCUGCCCCAGUUCCUGGGCAUGUACCGGCUCACGGUGGACGGCGUGGAGACCUACAUGGUGGUCACCAGGAACGUGUUCAGCCACAGGCUGACUGUGCACAGGAAAUAUGACCUGAAGGGCUCAACAGUAUCCAGGGAAGCAAGUGAUAAAGAGAAGGCCAAGGAUCUCCCAACGUUCAAGGACAACGACUUCUUGAAUGAGGGUCAGAAGCUGCAUGUUGGAGAAGAGAGUAAAAAGAACUUCCUUGAGAAGCUGAAGCGGGACGUGGAGUUUCUAGCUCAGCUGAAGAUCAUGGAUUACAGUUUGCUGGUUGGGAUCCACGACGUGGACCGGGCAGAGCAGGAGGAGAUGGAGGUGGAGGAUCGGGCAGAGGACGAGGAGUGUGAGAACGACGGGCUGGGGGGAAACCCCAUCUCCUCCUACGGGACCCCCCCGGACAGCCCCGGAAACCUCCUCAACUACCCCCGCUUCUUCGGGCCCGGCGAGUUCGACCCCUCCGUCGACGUCUACGCCAUGAAAAGCCACGAAAGUGCCCCCAAGAAGGAAGUUUACUUCAUGGCCAUCAUAGACAUCCUCACGCCCUACGACGCGAAGAAGAAAGCUGCACAUGCUGCCAAAACAGUGAAACACGGGGCCGGGGCAGAGAUCUCCACCGUGAACCCCGAGCAGUACUCGAAGCGCUUCAACGAGUUUAUCUCCAAUAUCCUGGCAUAGUUGUCUUCAGCCUUCAGCGAGGAAGGAAGAGCAGAGGGGCUCCUUCACCCAGAGAACGCAGCCUGUGACACUCGAACAGACACUGUAGCAGCAUGUGGGGUGUGUGUGGGGGGUGUGUGUGUGGGGUGUGUGUGUGGGUGUGCCAGGUGAGUGUGUGGCACUGCGUGACUUCAGAGAAAACUCAUUCUAGGUGCACCCUCCAACAGUCCACUUGACCCAGGAGGAAAAGUGGGAUUUUAUGUUACAGAAGUGCCCAGACAUUAAGAUUUGAGGGCUUUUUAAACCAAGCAAAGUGCAUUGUUUCAGCACUGCUCUUUCUAGUGACAUUUUCUCCUCUCUGAUCAAGAGGAUCCCAGAGGGAUGUGACGUGGCACUGUAUAAAGGGGUGGCUCUAGAUCAUGUUCAGUGGGAGUGAAGCAGUGCCUGAUUCCACAAACUACUCCUUUUUUUUUUUUUUAUUUUUAUUUUAUUGGACUGUCUUUACCAGAAAGACAUACAAUCCCUUUUAUUUCCCUCUUGGUAGGAAUUGGAAGGAAAAUAGCUCACCAUUUCAAGGACGGAAACUAUAACUCUGAUAAGGAGGAGUCGCUGAACUUUAGGUAAAUUCAGACUGGGACACUUUAUAUUUUUUGGUUAAUUUAAGUAACAAAAAAAAAAAAACUUUUUUGUAACUGCACUUGAUUUACAAGAAGGACGAGGGAAAUGGAACAUCUACCAAAGAUGAUCUCUUAAAAAAAAAGGUGUAACUCCUAGAACCUAAAACAAAACCCACCAAGUGUGAGAAGUAGUAGUGGCAUUGACCAACCUCAGCUAAUGAUGUGCUCGGACCCCUUGUGCUUUCAAUUGGCCAGCUCUGAAGAUUUCCUAAAAGAAAACCAGAAAAGAAAAGGCAUUUUGUACCUGUAGAUAUGGGAUAACAUUUGACUCUUGGGACGUUUCCCUGUCGCGCCUCGGUCAGGAAUUGCCGUGUCUCUUAGGCCACAGCUGACCAUCACAGUCCUGCCAGUGUUAAUCUAGCUAAUGUUCAGUCUUCCUUACCCACCCCAUCUGCAACAGGUACUUGAAUUUGUUUCCUGACAGAGGUUCUUGGCUUAGUUGGUUUCUUUUUUUUCCAAUGGCAAUGUGACUUGCACACGAAGGAACUGGACUCGCUGCCAGUGGGGAGUGCUGGGAGCUGUGACUGUGGAGCAAAUUCCACUGCUCAAGAGGACUCAGGACUUGAGCUGUGGUUGGUUUUACUCUCCCUCUGCUCCAAAAAACCCCUCUCUAGAGCGACAGUGGAGGAGUGGAAACGUUUGAACACUUUGCGCCAGAUUAUUUUUCCAUCCCCCCCGAGGAUUUGGAACUGAUUGGAGUGACUGAAUAACGUCCUGUUGUGUCUCCAGAAUGCUUGUAAUCCUUUUCACAGCCAAGCUUGUCGGGCUCGCUUUGGGUUUUGUUAGCUCUGCUGCACAAGUUACAGAGACCCCCCUUUUGGUUCUUUUUUGGGUUUCAUUUUCCUUUUUUUCCGAGCAGGAUUUGAGCGUUUUCGAACAAAAAAAAAAAACCUCUUGCAGUUUGAAACAUUUGUCGCUUUUCUCUGCCUUGGAACUGUUUUUUCACAUAUGCCUUUUGUUUCGGGAAUAAGCUUGGUUGGAAUGUCUGUCCUGUGCUGUAACACGUGCUACAGUUUUGCUGUGUGGAAUUUUGGUCCUUUCGAGAGAUAACUUGGUGCUCAUCACAUCCUGGUAAUUAAUUCCCCCUGACUUUUAACGCUGGAUUCUCAAUGUGGGCUUGGGGUUUUGGGGUUUUUUGGGGGUUUUUUUUUUUUUGGAGUUUCGUGUUCCAUCCCCACAUUUCGUGAUGUGAAUCCCGCAGGUCUCAGCUUGGAAAUGGGACAAAGAAAAGAGGGGGGCUAAAAAUUUAUAAACCCAACAAGAGUGCACUGUAAAUAGAGUCCUUUAAGAAAUCAAAAAUUAGGGCUUGUAACAGGGGGGGAUGAAUAUUUUUUUUUUUGGUCAUUCCCUUUGACAUGGGGACAAAUUCCUGGUGCCCCCCCCUGGAGUCCCUCCCCUGUCCUGGGGGUGUGAACACCCCUUGUCUGGGAGGCUGAAAAAAGGGUCUCGUGUCUUAAGGUGUGUCGCUGGAAAAGCCACAACCCAAAUUGUGCAGCUGUUGAGAAUCCUUUAAAAAAAAAAUUUAAAAAAAAAAGGGAGGGCUUCAGGGCACCAUCAGCUUCCUUUUGUGGGCAUUAGAUUGGUUGCUUUCUCUCUUAAACAAUAAGCACUUAAGUUUACUACCAGUUAGAAAUUAAAACACCGAUCACUUUUUAUUCCUGACAGUUUUUUAAAAAGUCUGCAUUGAAUAUCUGCAACUUUGGCCUGGUAAGUUUGCCCUUCUCCUUUUGGGGGAAACCAUCUUUGGAACUGUUUAUCUUUAAAUCAUCUGUUUAAAAAUAUAUAUAUAUAUAAAAGAGGAAAAAAAAAAAAGGGGGGGCGGGGGAAGAGAGAAGGGAGUGGGUGAACUGCAGACCCCCACAAAACAAACAACCCAAAGAAAAUCAAGGAGCUGGGAGGAAAAAUCUCCUUCACCCGAUUUCCUAAACAGGAAUAAAAUUAAAAUACAGUUAAUUCCUGCGGCAGUCUUUACAGAAGUCAUGAUAAAAAGGGCUGGAGAGCAGUUAACUGUAUUUUCUUAUUCCACUCCAAACUCCUGCAAGGAUUAAAUUGGCUGUUUCUGGCUCAAGUGAUCAGAGAAGCCCCACAAACUCUAUUCACUUUAGCACUUCCCCAAUUCUGCCACUUCUGUCAAGUUGCCAUAUUGUGUGUAUUAAAGUAAUUAAAUGCAAUUUUCUCACUUAAUGAUGUAUUACCCAGGUAUGUAACUUUGUUUAACAUAAGCAUUUUGUAUAUUGUUUACAUUUUGAGAGGUAGCAUUACGUUAAAAAUGCUAAUUUUUUUGUUUCUAGACAGUAUUUUUAUUACCAGAAUAAGAAGUGAAGCUGCAAAUAUUUGAUUUGUUUUUAAAAGGGACUUUUUUCUUUCGUUUGGUUUGUUGUUUUUUUUUUUUUUGUUGUUGCUGUUGUUGUUUUGGUUUUGUUUUGGUUUUUUUUUGUUUUGUUUUUAUCUUGUUUUAGGUCACUUUUUUUUAACUCGAGUAUUUAAAAAAAAAAAAAAAAAAAAAAAAAGGACAACCCAGCCCUUUCAAUUCUGGUUUUACAACUGCUUGUGCUAGUUUGUUGUCUGUUCCUGGUGUGGAUUUAGUUCUAGUUUGCUGAAUGUAGAUAUUUCUGUCUGUAGCAUGUACCCUGCAGAACACUUUACACUGAAGUGCAUUUGACUGACCCCCCCCUCGGCUGCCAGACCUGCAGCAGGUGGGCAGGUUGCUCAGAUUUGGAUCAGAAUGCAGGAUUUUCCAACAAAAAAAAACCCCAAAACCAGUGCAGUUUGGUCAGCUGGAGUUUAAUCAGUGUGUGCAGCACCUCUGCAGUGCCUGGAGGGUGAGCUGGGCAGGGAGCUGCGGGAUCCACACUCCACAGGGUCUCCCUCUCUCUUUCUGAUCUGUCAAAAUUUAGCAACUAAAACCUGCUUUGAAGUUUGAAUUUCCACCUUCCCUGUCGGUUCAGCUCCUCCAGUGUAACCAGGAGUGGGAGAGGGAAGGGCAGAGCCACAGCUUUGCUCCAAUAGUGCAAUAAAACCCACUGGGGAGCGUGUGGGGUCACCCUUCACUGGGAUCCAGGGGUCCCAGGAGCCCCCACCCUUGGUGCCAGAGCUGGGAAGGGGGUUUGGAAUUUGCUGUGGGAAUACCAGCAGGAGUUCACUCCUCGUGGCAGAGUGGGAUCCUUCCCUCUGCUCUCUCUGCCUGACCCGGGUUUAAUUCUGAAAAGCCACAAAUCACGAAAUUCAUCCCCGGGGAGAACUCCCGGGGGGGGGGGCAGGAGGUGACUGGGGAUGCCUGAAAAAAGGAGGCUGUGCUCCUGCAUCCUGGUUUGGAAUCAGAUUAGCAUGAUCAGCGAGAAAACUAAACCACUUGAGUCUUACUUCCUUUUUUUUUGGGGGGGGGGGAGAAAUCCCUGCUUUGCAGAGCGCUGCCUUCCCUGGGGGCAGCGGGUGGGGAGUGGAUCUGAGCCCCCCGAGGGGGGAGUGAGGGUGUGUGGUAGUUGGGGGCCGUGGUGGUGGAUGCUCCCAGUCCUGUGACUACUAUGCAGUCUUUUCCAAGCCUCCCUGAGCUGCAGGAAGUUUUCCAGCCCGGGGUGUUCCCACCCUUGCCGAGGUCAGAGCGCGGGUCGUGCCCCAGCACCCCUGGACUCCCCCCCCACCUCUGCAGAGCCAUUCUCACUGUCCCCAUCAGCCACUGCCUGUUUUCCUUGCUCUUUUGGAUUUGGAAAAGCUCAGAGCCAACUGCUGGUCGUCAUUUUGGGGUGGUUUCAGUGUUUACCACUCCAAAAGUUGUGCUGCUCUCUGGCUGCACAACCCUCCCCCCCCCCCCAAAAAAAAAAAACCAGCUGGAUGGAGUCGUGUUGAGUGGAUUACACACAGGUCACAAGGGUUGGGCAGGGCUAAUCAGUGCAACUGAAAAGAAAACAAAUGUGAAUAAAUUAAGUUUAAAAACUAAAAAAAAAAAACUAAAAAAAAAAAAAACAUUCUAGGUUUUUUCACUGCUGUUUUUUAAAUAGGAAUUUUAAGUCCUCUGUGCUUGUCUGUUUGCUAGGAGCAGUUUGAGACACUGUUACUGUUUUGAAAUGCAUGCAUGUUACAAGAUGAGUCUCCAACCAGAGAAAAAUAAAAUUAAAACUUUGUGUA